AUGGUCUACGCAUUUAUCCUCCCAACCACUUCGCCUCUCUCGUUUCAAUCAUUCAUCUCCUCUACCACUCACCCAUCCCUUCCCCAAUCAGCCUCAACAACCCGCCAUGCCUUCCGCCUCGCACUCAAGGCCCACAAGCGCUUACCCCGCGGCCCGCGUCAGGACGCCCACCUACCCACAGUUCUGUCCGCGUUGAAUGAAUACAUCCCUUUCCUGUUCGCAAUCUCAAAUGGACUCAACGGUCGCCCCGUUACAACCGAGGCAUACUCUGCUCCUCAAGACAGCUAUACGUCCGGGGCAACGAAUCUCCGCACCGGCGAGAUAGUCGACAUCACGAUCCGCGCGGAGAUAGAAUCGGCAUGGAGAUGUACGCUGUCAUCCUCAGGCGGACUGAAUAUCGGCUCCGGUGGGAAUCACACAAGCGGAAACUUUAUCCGCGCGCGGAAUGGGCGAGUCUCUGGCCGAGGCAUCCACUUCGAAUUGGCAUUCACGCUCACAACUCUGGGGUACGUACUGAGUAGGAUGGCGCGCGCAGGAGUCGUAGCUGCGCUAUACGCGUCGUCUACCCCGUCUGCAGACGCCCGUACUGCCGCCGUGCAGACCGCCACGCGGUAUCUACUACAGGCUAGCUCGGUGCAUAAUCUGCUCGCGUCCUCGCCGACUUUCACCGCAGCUACUGUGUCUACAGUACCGGAACUUGAGGCUGGUACGCAGUCGGCUCUAUCAUCUCUAGCCAUGGCGGAGGCUACGUUACUGGCUGUCCUUAAGGAUGAUGCGUAUGUUGCGGCGUGUAUCCAGUGGCGCAAUCCGAAUGAUAAAGAGUGGAUGGUCCAUGCGCCUGAAAUCCCAAAAGUGCGCGCUUUACUAUUCGCACGACUCUGUGUUCGCGCCGCAGAGUACGCCGAACAAGCGGCCGCAGGCCUAGGAGCUGUUGGAUCUACAUCUGGUCGUGCAGGCCGGCUGGAUGAGGAUUUGGUUCGCUAUACAGGAGUAUUGGCUCGCGUUGCUCGGGCACGCGCAUGUCGAUUCUUUGGUGUAGAUGCUGAGCUAUCAGGCAAAGUGGGUGAGGGUAUCGCGUGGUUGCGAGCUGCACGCACUUCACUCGGGCUACGUGGGGCGGCGCCUUCGCAGGAAGACGCUGCCGGCUCGGGAGGCUCUUCAAAGGGCGGAUUGUCCCGUUUAAAACGCGAGUGGACAGAGCGGCGUGAGGAGCGUAGAGUCACUAAGGAUGCUGGCGGCAGUCGCAGCGAAAAAGGUCCAUUGGAUGCGGGGGAUGACGCUGGUCGUGACGAGGAGGGACGAGUCCUAGCGACGCUUGAGACGAAAUGGGUGAAAAUGAAUGACACAAUGAACACACAACCCAUUCCACCCCCUGCACCAUUGCUAUCUAAUCUGCCUUCUGGUCGGGAUAUUCACUCUCCCCCGGCGCCAUACCAGCCCCCUUCUUUAGAUGAGGAUCAGCUCAUGCGGAUGCGUGCUCCGCCGGAUGAGAGAGACGAUAUUCAGUUUGGAAGUGACGACGAUAGUGAAGACGAUGCAGGACAGCCUGAUGGCCGUGGACCAGGUGCAUUCCCGGACCGAAGUGGGACGGCCUCGAGCGUUUAUUAUUAA